AUGCACUUUGUGAAGGUGUGGGGUGAAAGUGCCAGGCCAAAGGAAGAUCCUAACUGCACUCUACAGAAUCAUUUGGGGCCAGGCUUCAUUGCUGAUGGAGACUUUGUCAUUGGGGGUAUAUUCCCUUUUCACUACAAUCAGGAAAUGCCAGAUGUGAACUUCACAUACAAGCCUGGACCAGUAAAGUGUAAUGGGUUUGAUCCCGAAGCUUUUCGCUGGGGUCUGACCAUGAAGCUUGCUGUAGAGGAAAUUAACAACAGCUCUGAACUGCUACCGAACCACACUUUGGGCUUUAAAAUGUUUGAUUCCUGUGCAUACCCAUUAACGGCUCAGAGAGCCGCUCUGGCUGUGAUUAAUGGACCGAAUGAAGCAGACAAACAAAUGUGUAAAGGCGCAAGCCCGAUGUUGGCUGUUAUUGCUGAGUCUGGAUCAGCUGAGUCUAUUGUGGUUUCUCGAAUUUUACAACAUUUCAGGAUUCCAAUGAUCAGCUAUUUCUCUUCCUGUGCCUGCCUCAGUGACAGACGAGAAUUCCCGACAUUCUUUAGAGUCAUCCCCAAUGAUGCGUACCAGGUGAAAGCUAUUGCAAAGCUGCUGAUACAUUACAACUGGACAUGGGUGGGUGUUGUGCGGGGAGAUCACAUAUAUGGCCACUUCGCCCUGCAAGGACUGCUUAAGGAGCUGAAGGGUACAAGUGUGUGUAUCUCCUAUCAGGAGAUGAUCCCCCUGUUAUACAACAGCCAGAGAGCGAUAGAGAUCAUCCGUGUGAUGAACAGCUCCACUGCUCGGGUCGUGGUGGUGUUUUCAGCUGAGGGGGAACUCACUCCCUUUAUGAAGGACUAUAUGAAUCUGAACGUUACUGGAAUUCAGUGGAUUGCCAGUGAAGCUUUGGCGACAGCUUCAGUGUUCACAGGAAGUGAAUAUUACCCUUUCCUAGGAGGCAUGAUUGGGUUUGGGAUACGUCAGGGACAAAUUCCAAAGCUGAAAGAUUACUUAACAACAGUGAACCCACAGACAUACUCCUCUAAUACACUAGUGCAUGAACUGUGGGGUGUUUUGUAUGGGUGCUCUCACAUUUCCUCUAUUCCCCUUAAUAAUCCGUUGCCUCUAUGUACUGGGAAAGAGCCAAUAAGCAAGCAUCAUUCUGGCUACCUGAACACAUCCAGUCCUCGUAUUCCUUAUAAUAUAUAUAAAAGUGUAUAUGCUAUUGCUCACUCCCUCCACCAACUAACUUCCUGCAAACCUGGAAAUGGGCCAUUCAUUAACUCCACAUGUGCUGACAAUAGCAAUAUCUACCCUUGGCAGCUCCAGUAUUACCUGCAAGAGGUCUCCUUCACUAUUUCAGGAGAGUUAGUGAACUUUGAUAUGAAUGGUGACUCGAUCCCAUCCUACGAUCUGAUCAACUGGCAGAGGGGCACAGCUGGCAAUAUCGAGUUGGUUCAAGUCGGCAUGUACGAUGGGUCUCGUGAGGCUGGAAAUGAGCUGGUCAUUUACGACACUGCUAUCACAUGGGUGCCAGUCUCUAUUUGCAGUGACAGCUGCCCACCAGGAUUUAGAAAAGCUGUCCGUCAAGGGGAGCCUCUGUGCUGCUUUGACUGUGUACCAUGUGACAGUGGGAAGAUUAGUAAUCAGACAGUAGACUGCAUGGCCUGCCCUGAAGAUUACUGGUCGAAUGUUGACGGAACAGAAUGCAUUCCCAAGGUUAUCGAAUUCCUUUCCCAUGAUGCAAUGGGGUUAAUACUGACAUUUAUUGCUGUUUUGGGGGCCUGUGUCACUUUAGCUGUAUUUGCAGUCUUUCUCUACCACAGAAACACUCCCAUUGUGCGUAUGAAUAACUCUGAGCUGAGUUUCUUCAUCUUGUUCUCCUUGACCCUGUGUUUCCUGUGUGCACUGAUCUUCAUUGGGGAGCCCACAUCCUGGUCUUGCAUGCUGCGCCACACUGCUUUCAGCAUCACUUUCUCGCUCUGUAUCUCGUGCAUCCUGGGGAAAACCUUAGUGGUGCUCGCUGCUUUCACAGCCACCCAACCUGGAAACAAUGUCAUGAAAUGGCUUGGGCCUAUACAGCAGAGGAUCAUUAUUUUUAGCUGCACCCUGGUCCAGAUGAUCAUCUGUGCAGCAUGGCUCAUAUCGUCCCCUCCAGUCCCCUACAGAAACACACAGUAUCAGCGCUCUAAGAUUAUUCUAGACUGUAGGGUGGGAUCUGAGCUGGCCUUCUGGUGUGUACUCGGCUACAUUGGCAUUUUGGCCUGUUUGUGUUUCAUUUUGGCCUUUCUGGCUCGAAAACUACCUGGGAAUUUUAGGAAAUAUAUUACUUUUAGCAUGUUAAUAUUUUGUGCAGUGUGGCUGGCAUUUAUACCUGCUUAUGUCAGUUCCCCUGGUAAAUUCACCACUGCAGUCGAAAUCUUUGCUAUUUUAGCCUCAAGUUUUGGGCUUCUUUUGUGCUUAUUUGCUCCAAAGUGUUACAUCAUUCUACUUAAACCAGAAAAGAAUACCAAACAGCAUCUAAUGGGGAAAUAA